AUGGUUGAAAUGGUUGAGACCGGCGUCACCUACGAGCAGCUCGCCGACCUCGAGCGUGAGUUCGAGCUUGUUGAGAACGAAAUCGUCCGCAAGCAGUACGAGCUCUCCAAGCCUCUGUACGAGAAGCGCGCCGCCGUCGUCUCCAAGAUUCCCAACUUCUGGGCCCUGGUCUUUGAGCAGUCGCCCCCCGAGGUCGACGAGCACAUCCAGCCCUCCGACGCCGCCUUGCUCCUCUCCUCCCUCAAGACCAUCUCCGUCUCCCGCCCCGAGAUUGAAAACGGCACCAACGGCGAUCCCCGCUCCCUCACCAUCCGCUUCGAGUUCAACGAGAACGAGUACUUUGAGGACGCCGUCGUCGAAAAGACCUUUUGGUACCGCCACUCGGCCACCUACACCGGCCUCGUCUCCGAGCCCGUCGACAUCAAGUGGAAGGCCGGCAAGGACCUCACCGAGGGCCUCCUCUCCGCCGCCAAGAAGGUCUGGGACCAAGGUCCCAUCACCCCCGGCAAGCUGACCCCCGAGGCCGACGCCCUCCGCAAGAAGGUCGAGGAGACCGCCAUGGGCGGCGUCUCCUUCUUCUCCUUCUUUGGCUACGUCGGCAAGCGCAUCUCCGCCGAGGAGAGCGCCGCCGCCCUCGCCAAGGAGAUCAAGGAGUUUGAGGACCGCAAGGCCGGCAAGAAGGCCGCCGAGGAGGACGAGGAGGAGGACGACGAGGACGAGACCGAGUUCGAGCUCGAGAUCUUCCCCGACGGUGACGACGUCGCCGUCGCCAUCGCUACCGACUUGUGGCCCGAGGCGCUCCACUACUUUAGUAAGUUCCUCCGUGACGGUGCUGUCGCUGCCGAUCAAGGACGAGACGGAGACUUACUCUCGAUGAUAGCCCAAGCCCAGGAGGCCGGCGAGAUGUCGGAUGCCGACUUUGAGUCCGACGACGAGGAGGAUGAGGAUGAGGAGAUGGGCGACGCCGAGUCCACCCCCAACAAGAAGCUCAAGGCUUAA